UCGCCGCUAUCGCCUCGCGCCCGGCUUCCGGGGGCCCGAGAAAGUGCACACGCCUCCUGCCUGAGGGGGCUCUGACUGUUGCCGCCAACAUGGCCGCCCGCCAUCUCGCCUUGCUUAGUGUCUCUGACAAGACAGGACUGUUGGACUUUGCCAAAAAUCUGAAUUCCGUUGGUUUGAUGCUGGUUGCUUCUGGAGGGACAGCAAAAGCUCUGAGAGAUGCUGGUCUCAUUGUCAGGGAUGUUUCUGAACUGACAGGAUUCCCAGAAAUGUUAGGAGGACGUGUGAAAACGCUUCAUCCUGCAGUACAUGCUGGAAUCUUGGCUCGUAAUUCUCCAGAAGAUCAAGCUGACAUGGCCAGACUUGAUUUCAGUCUUAUAAGAGUUGUUGUUUGUAAUCUAUAUCCCUUCGUGAAGACUGUGGCUUCUCCAAAUGUCACAGUUGAGGAAGCUGUUGAACAAAUUGAUAUUGGUGGAGUAACCUUACUUAGAGCUGCUGCAAAAAACCAUGCUCGAGUGACAGUAGUGUGUGAACCAGGAGAUUAUGAAAUGGUAUCGACUGAGAUGCUAAAUUCUGAUACUAAAGAUACUGUUAUGGAGACUCGACGGCAGCUAGCAUUAAAGGCCUUUACUCAUACUGCUCAGUAUGAUCAAGCAAUAUCAGAUUAUUUCAGGAAGGAAUAUAGUAAAGGAAUAUCUCAGAUUCCUUUAAGGUAUGGAAUGAACCCUCACCAAAGCUGUGCACAGUUAUAUACAGUGAAGUCCAGACUUCCUCUUACAGUUGUGAAUGGAUCCCCUGGGUUUAUAAACCUGUGUGAUGCCUUGAAUGCUUGGCAGCUAGUAAAAGAACUCAGAGAAGCUCUAGGCAUUCCAGCAGCUACCUCCUUCAAGCAUGUCAGUCCAGCAGGUGCUGCUGUUGGAGUACCACUUAGUGAGGAAGAGGCUAAAGUUUGCAUGGUUCAUGAUCUCUACAAGAGCCUUACUCCAUUGUCAACUGCUUAUGCAAGAGCAAGAGGAUCUGAUAGAAUGUCAUCAUUUGGUGACUUUAUUGCUGUAUCUGAUGUUUGUGAUGUCACUACUGCUAAAAUCAUCUCCAGAGAGGUAUCUGAUGGUAUUAUUGCACCUGGAUAUGAAGAAGAAGCCUUGAAGAUCCUCUCCAAAAAGAAAAAUGGGAAUUACUGUGUACUUCAGAUGGACCCAUCUUACAAACCAGAUGAGGAUGAAAUUCGCACUCUUUUUGGAUUACAUCUCAGUCAGAAGAGGAAUAAUGGUGUUAUUGACAAGUCAUUAUUUAGCAAUAUUGUUACCAAGCAUAAAGAUUUGCCUGAAUUUGCUGUCAGGGACCUCAUCGUAGCUACGAUUGCUGUCAAGUACACUCAGUCCAAUUCAGUGUGCUAUGUUAAGGAUGGUCAGGUAAUUGGCAUUGGAGCAGGUCAGCAAUCCCGAAUACACUGUACACGCCUUGCAGGAGAGAAGGCAAACAAUUGGUGGCUUAGACAUCAUCCCCGGGUGCUUUCAAUGAAAUUUAAAGCUGGAGUAAAGAGAGCAGAAAUCUCUAAUGCUAUUGAUCAAUAUGUGAGUGACAACAUUGGUGAGGAUGAUGAUUUGGCCAAAUGGGAAGCAAUGUUUGAGGAAGUUCCUAAACUUUUAACUGAGGUAGAAAAGAAGGAAUGGAUUGAUUCGUUGAAACAAGUAUCUCUCAGCUCCGAUGCCUUUUUCCCUUUUAGAGAUAAUGUUGACAGGGCUAAGAGGAGUGGUGUAGAGUUCAUCGUGGCCCCCUCAGGUUCAGCUGCUGACCAGAUUGUGAUUGAGGCCUGUGAUGAGCUUGGAAUAGUACUCAUUCAUACAAACCUUCGACUAUUUCAUCAUUGAUUUUGUUACAUACUUUCAUGGAUUGUUUGCAAAAGUCUAUCAUGAAUAAUUGUGGACAAUUAUGAUAACGUAUGAAAAAUUUUAGUGGAUAUCUUUUAAAAAGAAAUUUUAAUGCUUUAUCAUUCUUUGGUUUUUGAAACAAAUUACAUCAUGGGAGUAAGUUUCAUAUAUAUAAUUUCAUCUUUGAGUAUUGAGCGGCUGCUGUAUAUAAUCUCUACUGUACAUCUUUAUGUAAGAAUACAGAACAUCUCAGCUAUUUGGAAAGCUAAGUAUACUUAUCUAAACACAGCUAAGAAAUAAGCAAAAAAGGACUGAGCAGCAGAAAGACACAUCACAAAACUCUGUAUUUUUCCUUUUGGCCCUUUCUCAGAACUUAUUUUUUAUAACCAAACAGAUUACAUAUUUGUAUGUGCAAAUACUAACAGAUCUAACAUAUGUAACAGAUCUAACAUAUGUAACAGAUUUGGUUAUUUAAUUUUUAAGCUCCCAGGUAAUUUGAAAAAGCAAAUUAGAAUCAAUUAUAAAGAGGUAGGUCAACUUCCUACUCAAAAAAAAAUUGCCCUUUUGGUAUUCAGUUCUUGUUUAUUGAAAUACAGUUAAUAUCUCUGCACCCCCUGCCCCCUCUUUUUUUUUUUAAAGUCAGAGGAAGAUAUGGCCUAAGCUUACCAUUUGUCAGAAUAACCAGCAGUAUGAAACUGAAAGUUUUCCCUGGAGAGUGAUUGUAUAUUCACUCCAAAAUAAAGUGAAAGCAGUAGUAGCUAAAGUGUGAUAUGAUAGUUAUGUGUUUAAAGAAAAAGGGGGCCUCAUUAGGUAGUCCUAGUGCUGCUCCAGGCUCAGGCUGGCUUUCCCUUGUAAUAGUUUUCUCUUCACCUGGAUCUCCCAGGUUAACCCUUUUGGGCCCUCUGCCUAGACUUUGUGCUGAAAGACGCCUGCAGAUGAAUGAUAAUAAGAUGUUUCUGUUUUUGUGUUUUUUCUUAACCUUAAACAAAUUUCUUAUGGGCUUAUAUUUACACAAAUAGUUUGCUUAAAGUGAACCUCGGGAGUACGGGCAAAAAGAUGACAACCUGUGAUUUUUCACAAAACUAGUGAUGGAAUUAACAUUUUAGUUUUGUAUGUUUCUUUUUAAAUGUAUACCUUUGAUUUCAUUGAUAUAGAAAACUCCUAUUGCAGAUUGAUGAGAAAAUUCUGCCAAUGCAGAAUGGCAAUUGUCCUGCAAAUUAAAGUGUUAGAAUAUUAUUGAGGUACUGAAAAGACAAGUGACUUGACCAGGGUCACGUACCCAGUAUGUUACAAGUAGAAUUUGAAUCACUGUCUGUAACUCAGAGGUCCUCUCACCAUGUGCAGGGCCAGGAUGCAUUUAAUAAAUGCUUCCUCAUGAUUAUCCUUAAGAAAUCUUAACUUCAUUGUUAUGAAGAAAAGCCUCAGGUUCUACUGAAAGCAAUAUUUUUUUCUUUUGUUGUUCUGUUUUAAUAUUUUUUCUUUCAAAUUGAUUCAAGUCAAAUGUACCUUAGGUUGAACUAUCUUAGUAUUCUUUAAACAUUUUCAGCAGUUAAGUAUAUCAUUAACCUUAAGUUGGUCUAUAGUAUUCCCAGUUUUCAAACAUUAACAUAUUGAGAUUUGUGAAUACUACAUAAAACAUUAUUUGGACUGAUCUUUGCAGCAAGAAUUUGGACUUAACCUAAUAGAGAUGAAAUUAGACUUUAGUGGUCUCUGAUCAGUUCUGGUUUUACUUCUGUGAAGGGAGUAUGAUUUUUUAGCAUAUUUAAUUUUUUCACAUUUUAAAAUCUUCUUUAAUGCCCUCAUCCCUGUGAUUCGUUUCAAUUUUUUAUGUAUGAUUUGUGAGCUUUGAAUUAAAUGAAAUGCUCUUGAGUA